UUGGUAAAAAAAUGUGGCAUGUUUCUAGAUUCUCGAAAUAAUAGGUCUAUGAUUACCUCCACUCAAUAACCAAAUAUGUCAGCAACCGCGUCAUCCUUGGACCGCCACAGCCAUAAUAGGAUAAGAAAUCCAAGAACGUCUCAUGCUAUUUAAGGCAACCCUUGAGCUUUUCCGUGUACUUGGCAUCCAGAAUCAAGAAAAGCCCCCCACCAUAAUUCUUCCAAUCCACCUUUCCUCCACAUUCGUCUCCUAUUCUUUUCAGGAAGAGAAAGAGAGAGAGAGAGAGAGAUCAUAUAGAUGAGAAGCCGCUCCUUGAAGAACAGCAUGAGCAUGGAGGUGGAGAGGCCCAAGCUCAAAGAUGAGCCUCAUCUCUCUUGUGCCUACAUCCGUAGUCUAUUGAGCUCCUCCAAAUCCAAAACUCCUACAAAUUCAAAGUCCCCAGAUAGAGUGAUCGGAGAUGGGCUUUCGCAAGACCUUGCCGAAUAUACUGAAUGCAUUAGUAAAGUCCAACAACGGCAAUCACCACCUCCACCAUCACAAUCUCGGCUACGUAAGAAACAAGUGAGAAGAAGACUCCACACAAGCAGACCUUAUCAAGAAAGGAUACUUAAUAUGGCAGAAGCUAGAAGAGAGAUUGUGGCUGCACUCAAGCUUCAUCGAGCAACUAUGAAACAAGCAAAUGAGGAACAACAACAGAACCAGCGACAACAAAAACAAAAUUCUACACAACCUUCUACUCUAUAUUCAUCUCUACUAGCUUUGGAGGAGCCACACCAAGAGUUGACAGAUUGUAGAAGAAAUGCUAGAAUACAUCCACCCAACUACACCUAUCCUUACUACUAUCAGGAUCCCUCUUUCUCACCCUUUCUUAACCCUUCUUCUGCUUGGGCUUAUCCAACAAUUCCAUCUCUAUCCAUUGCUGAUCAUAAUCUGAACCUUCCUCUCCCUAACAAACCUUUAGGCUUAAAUCUCAAUAUGCAAGGCUUCAAUAACGUUGACAUGUCCUUCUGCAAUAGCAAUACCAACAAUCCACCAAUCCAGCUAUCACCACCACCAUCAUCUUGCUCUUCUUACUCUGAUUUUUCCCCUCCUAUUGUGCUAGGUCUUCAAGUACCAUCCGUCUCAAAUGUGGCCCCACAUGCAUCCGAUGUUACAUCGGACCCUCUUUCUAUGGUAUUGCAUCCAGAGAUGGAUGAUGAGGAGAUGGCAAAAAUCCGUUCAAUUGGAGAACAGUAUAACAUAGAGUGGAAUGACAUGAUGAACUUGUUCACAUCAGUAUGGUGGAAUAAAUCCCUCAAGGACAUGGAGGGAAGCCCUGAUGAAAGGAUGACAGGAGUAGAGGAAGAUGGGUUUCAUGUGUUCGAUGAGUUUUUGGACACACCAUCUUGGUUAAGUGAUGGCUAUGCGGGGGAUGCUAAGGACAUGCAGCAGCAACAACAGAUGGAUGGCCAUUACCAUACAGAGGACUACUUAAAAGAUGUUACCUUGCCAUGCUGGGAUAUUGGAGAAAUUGAAAGUUGGGAUACAGAAUGGCUAUCAUAGUGAGACUGCUCAAUUUUGACAGUGGAUCUUAUUCAUCAUAAUUAUUAUUGUUAUCUUCUCAUAUUUAAUGUUUCCAAUAAAAGAGCCUGCUAAUAUAUAAUUUGAACUGAAUAUAAUGUAACGAUGAAAGAAAAAAGUGCCUCAUUUUUAUUUAGAAAAAUGAACCAAAA